AGUGUGGAGGAAAGCUUUGAAUAUGAGGGCAUGAACUAUGUGAUGGAGAUGAUGAAGCGGGGGCAUAUAAAUACGCAAACACCACCGACGGAGAAUUUCAUCAGAUCCGAAAUUCUCACCUUUUUCUCUGUACGGGAAGUCCCGUUGGACUUGCGAAGAACUGCAAAUCAUUUCUCUCCUUUUUCCUUAAGCAUUAAGCAUUAACCAAUAACCACCACCGUUUCCCCGCGCUCAGCUUUCUGAUCCGGCUACAUUUUCCAGGGGUUUGGAGAAAGCCCUAAGGCUUGGAAUUCAUAAUGUUCAGGUCCCCUCGAAGGAAUCAGAGAUCCAGAGGCUUCAAGGUGAAGCAUGCCUUACAGAUAUGUCUUUUGCUUGGGGUUUGCGUCUGGCUUGUUUACCAAAUUCAGCAUUCUCGCGGUAAAAAAGCUAGUUUCGAUGAGAGAACAAAACUUGAUGAUGUUGUGAAACUAGGGAGGAAGGACCUCCAUCCUCGAGUCAUUGAGAACCACAGAGAGGAUGAGGAAGAAACCCGGAAUGAAUUGGAAAAGGGUACGUUUGAAAGUGAUAAUGAAGAAAAGGGCAGUGGGAAUGAUGAGUUUCACGAUCAGCAAGAAGUUCAGGAGGAAUCUGACAAUAAAAUUUUUAUGGUGGAUGUGGAGAAGGAGAGAGAGGAGACCAGUGAGAUUAGCGAGGAGACAAAAAUCGAAGUGAACAAAGAAAUGGAAAACGAAAACAAAGGAAAUGAAGAGAUUAAAGAGGGAGGAAAUGAUGAUAAUGGGGAGAUCGGAAAGAGUCAAGGUGAAGAGCAGGGAGAGGAGGGUAGAGGGGGAGGAAACGAAGAGAAUGGAAAUGAAGAAUACCAAAAAAAGGAAACUCAGGAAGAGAAUGGAAGCGAAGAAAGCAAAGAACGUGGAAAUGAAGAAGUAACUGGACGCGAAGAAAGCAAAGAACAGGAAAAUCAAGAAGUGAAUGGAAAGGAUGAAAGCAAUGAACAGGAAAAUCCAGAAAUGAAUGGAAAGGAAGAGAGCAAAGAACAGGAAUAUCAAGAAGUAAAUGGAAAGGAAGAAAGCAAAGAACAGGAAAUCCAAGAAGUGGAUGGAAAGGAAGAAAGCAAAGAACAGGAAAAUCAAGACGUGAAUGGAAAGGAAGAAAGCAAAGAACAGGAAAAUCAAGAAGUGAAUGGAAAGGAAGAAAGCAAAGAACUGGAAAAUCAAGAAGUGAAUGGAAAGGAAGAAAGCAAAGAAAUGGAAAAUCAAAAAGUGAAUGGAAAGGAAGAAAGCAAAGAACAGGAAAAUCAGGACGUGAAUGGAAAGGAAGAAAGCAAAGAACAGGAAAAUCAAGACGUGAAUGAAAACGAAGAAAGCAAAGUGAAGGAAACUCAAGAAGUAAAUGGAACUGAAGAAGGCAAAGUGAAGGAGAAUCAAGAAGAGAAUGGAAAUGAAGAACGUAAAGUGGAGGAGAAUCAAGAAGAAAAUGAAGGUAAAGUUAAGGUAAAUGAGAUGCCGACUGAAGAAAGCAAAGAUAAUGAAAAUGAGGAGAGAAAAGAGAGUGGAACUGAAGAGAAGAAUGAAGAGCACGAAGUAAAGGUAAAUCAAGAAGAGAGGGGAAGUGAAGAGACUGAGAAAAAAGAAAGCAAUAAUGAGGAGACCAAGGAGAAGCAGGGAGAGAAUGUUAAUCUAGAAACCAAAGAGGACAGCAGAGACACAAAGGAAGGUUCCAGGGAUACCCUGGGAGACAACAGUAGCGACAACAAGGAAAACAAUGAAAACGAGACAGACGCACAAGGACAUAAGGAAGGAAGUAUUGAGGGUGUAGUUUCAGCUGAAGAACAGGUUCAAGAUGGGAGUGAUAGGAGUAAUGAUGAUGCAAGAGAAGCACAAUACAAAGAAGAUAAUGCUUACAGUGCCAUACAUGAAGCUCAAAACAUAACCACUGGAAAUGAGCAGGAUGGUUUUGCAAAAUUAAAUGAGGUAGAGUCAGUUGAAAAUAAAGAAAACCACGAGUUUCAGCACGAGGAUGUGAGGCGGAGUAGCGAAGCUGUUUAUUCCAGUACAAAUGAGUCAAUCCAAAAUGGAAGUAACGCUGAGAAAAAUGGAAACAAUCAAUCUGAGGUACCAGAAGAAGUGACCAAUAAUAACAAUGAAGCGCAGCCAGUAUCCAAGGAUAAUGGCCAGCAACAGGAUGAUUCAGUCACUUCUAAUGGGAAAUCUUCUGGUUCAAGUACAACAAAUGAAACUGCAGACAGCAUCAAUGUUGAUCAAGAUAUCUCCACUUCAAAGCAUGAUGCUGCACUUGAAGAAAAAAAUCAAUUCAAUUCAUCGCUCAGCGUCACUGAUAACACAGAUACUUCAAAUGAAGGAUCCAAAGAGUCGAAUACUUCUGGGCCAGAUGAAUCAGAACGACAAGUGAGCCACAAUGAAAAUGAAAAUGAAAAUGAAAAUGCUGGUCAUAGUAACUCAAAUGACAAUUCUUCAGGUCAACAGAAUGAUCAUGGUAAUUCUUCAGAUUUGUCAAACCUCCAAGACAAUGAUGCAUCCUCGAGCACUGUAGAAGGUGCUGGCGCAGGACAGAAUGAUAAUGAGAAUGUUGAUCAAAGCAAUGGAAACUAUAACAAUCACCCAAAAGAACAAUUUGACUCCCACGAUGAGGGUGUCACAUUUUCUAAUACAAACAACAGUGAGGACCUGGCUAACACUGGUGAUUCUUCAGGCUCAUCUUUGCCUCAGGAAGAGAAGGACGCUCGCACAGAUUUGAGUACCUUACCCGAAAGCAGAACUGAAGGGAAUAACAAUGAUGAAACAGCCGCAAAGUGACAUCUCCAGCUAGCUGUGGUAACUAUAUCCUCUUCACAUGGAAUUACGCCAUUUUGUUUGUUUUUGGUUUUGUAAGGAUCUUUAUGUUUCUGUUUCAGAAAUAUAUAUAUAUACACACCCAUAUAUUUUUUGGCUUUGCUGCUGAAAGAGUUUGGAAGGCUAGGAUGAGUUUUGAGCAUUUGAUGCUUCAGAUUAGGACAUGGUGGUCUUUUGUUAGUCAAUUUUAGUAGCACUUUUUGUAA